AGCUACGUUGUGGUGUCCAUCUGCAGGAGUGUUGCUGUGCAGCCCCUCACCUCUGUCAUGUAUAAAAGGGGGGGGUUCUCUGCAAACACACAGACCAGAGAUCACUGCUCACUGUCAGCCAUGGCACCGUCUUCAAUCCUCCUGCUCGGCAUCCUGGUGACAUGUUCAGUUUGGACGGUCAAGGGGAGAAGCUUUGAAAUCCACAUUGAUGAUCAGGAGCAGGUGGAUGUGGAGAUCUCCGUGGAUGCCGGCAAGAUUCCAGGUAAAUGCUGGGCUUGCAAGUGGGCUUUAAAGAAGGUGAAGAGAGUCAUCGGACCGAACGCCACCGCAGAGGCAGUGAAGUCACAAUUGAAUUCCAUCUGCAACGAAAUCGGCCUCUUGAAAUCGGUGUGUCGCAAAUUUGUGAAAGUGCACCUUGGAGAAUUGAUCGAGGAGCUGACGACCACUGACGACGUGAGGACAAUCUGCGUGAACGCCGGAGCCUGCAAGCCAAAGGAAGUGUCUCAUCUGCUCUUUUAUCCAAAACAAGAGGAGUCACAAACUGAAAUGAAUGAAUAUCCCUAAUGUUUUGUGCAUGCAUUAAAAGUCCAACAGCAUUUAAUUCAUGAGAAAGAAAAAAAAAAAAAAAAAAAAUGUGAGUGCCUUCCUGGUAGUGAGACUGAUUAAAAAUGAUAUGCUCAAA